UGACUAAUCUUACGAAUUAUUUACCUGAGCAAAGAGCGGGACGAUAUGAAAGCAUCAAUGACACCUGGCAACCAUGCACCAGGCUGCAGCUAGUGUCAGGUGUCUCCGAGUUGCCUCAAUAGUCCACGGAAGUUCAUACAGGAAUUGAGGAAGCUGCAAACAUGGAACCCUCUCCGUUCACUCGACAAACGUGGGAGUCGCAGUCGUUGCGUGUCACUGCGAAGGAGUUGUCACUGGUCAGCCGGCGAGGGAAGAACAACGCCAUUGCAGAGCGCUUCUCCAAGUACCAGAGAGCUGCCGAUGAGGUAAAUUCAGAGAAGAAAAAAAGGGGCUUUGAAAGUGCCUCUUCCCUUCGCUCAAAUAACUUGAGUGCUUUAAAGAAACGCUGGGAACAAGCUGGGAACAUUGGUGCCCAAGACAAGGCUCCAUUCAUCUCCUCACCUAUACUAUCUCACGGCGCACCACACAUCCCAGUCCGGGCAGCUCCUGGGAGUGAGCAGCCCCCUCAUCCUCCUCCACCACCCCCUCUUUCUCCUCCUCCUCCUCCAAAAAACCUAGUGUACCCCCACCCUCCUCAGGAAGAGCCACAAAGUUCGACCACUACGACCUUUACACUCUCUGGUGCUCUACAAAGAGCCGGAAAAAAAGAACAAGACGAAGAGAGGGGGAUGGACAAAGAUCACCUGACAAACUUCAAGACACCAGAAGAGCUUGAAGAGCAGGUUCCAGCUAGUCCCCGUGCUCAUUGCGAAAAACCAAGUUUGCUAUUAAACAAUCUGAAGAUGAGGUUUGAGAGGACAGCGGACCCCCCAGAAAAGGCUGGCAGACCCAUUCUAAAAAGUGCCUCGUCAGAAGAUAUGGACCAAACCUCUGUGUGUGACCGCCUGCUGGAGAAGUCAUCGCUGAGGGAGAAGCUGGCCAAAUACACUGCUGCUGUUUCCAAACAAAGCAACUCUAAAACUUCUGUCUCCACAGAUGUGCUUCCCUCCAAAAUAUCUAUACCCGCAAUCCGGAAAGUCAAAGGUUUACCUGAGUGCAAUGGGAGCAGCAGCAAUGACCUCCCCAAAGUAACCAGGAAGUUCUGCCCACCGGUCAAGGAGACAUGCGUCGUUUGCCAAAAGACCGUGUACCCUCUGGAGAGGCUGGCGGCCCUCCAACACGUCUACCACAAAAGCUGCUUCCGCUGUGUUCACUGCAGCACAAAACUCAGCCUGGGCAACUUUGCCUCCCUUCACGGCAACGUGUACUGCAAGCCCCAUUUCAGCCAGCUCUUCAAAGCCAAGGGAAACUACGACGAGGGCUUCGGCCAUCGGCCUCACAAGGAGCUGUGGAAGCCUCGCAAAGAUGGCGAUGAAGACGAAGAGGAGGAGGCGGCGGCAAAGCCCAAAGAACAAGCUGUGCCGGCGAGGAGGCCGUCAGUAGAGAGUCUGUCAGACGGGCCGCGGACACCCUCCGUGGAAGCCCCGGCGCCGGUCAAAGUCACCGAUAUCACCGCUCACAUGGAGACAAGGAUGCAAACACUCGCCAGCGCUGCGGAGAAGCCGGCCGAGACCCGCAGGUUGAGGAUCGCGUGGCCACCCCCAGCUGGCGAGGCUCACUCUGGCACGGGAAUACGCAGCCCGUCCGCCGAGGGGGUCGCUUCCGGGCGAACUUGGAGAGCCAAGUGGCCUCCAGAGGACGAUUCGCCAUCAUCUUCAUCAGCAGCAGCGUCGUCGCAAAGCGCCGAGCGUGCUGAGCUGAAGAGCCUGAGGAGGAGCUCUUCCCUAAAGGAGCGCAUUCGACCCUUCACCAUGGUCGCCAUGCCCGGCCCAGAAACCAACCUGAGUCCCAGGGAACCGCGGCGCCCUCUCAAAGCCCUGCUGGAAUGGAGAACAUCAUUGGAGGAAAGAUCCAGAGAGAAAGUGGAGCUGCAAAGGAAGGCAGAAGAGGAGGGCAAGGCUGCCGAGGAAGCAGCAGGCGCCUUUCAAAGCAGCGCGGAGGAGGCGGAACCCCGGCAGGAAGAACGCCAGCACGCGCAGGAAGAAAGUCCGCCUGCUGACGGCUCACUGAAGAGCAUCUCUCCUGACGCCUCUGCUUCCCCCUCGCCGCCCACGCUGCCCAAACAGAACCGCGCCUCGCAGGACGUCGGCUUUUGGGAGGAGGACAAGCAGGAGAGCGACGGCGACGAGCUGACUGUGGAGGACUUCAUCAAAAGGAACCGUCACUACGACGAUGACGAGGAGGAGGAGUCUGAAUAAGACCAGCAUCUUGUGGUGAUGUUGCAAUAUUAUUACUUUCUUACUUUUUUGGUUGAACUGAUUACAUUCCUACGCUGCAAACAUUCUUCAGAUUGGGACUUUCUCAGGUGUACAAAAAUGUUAAACCUUAAAGGGGAAUUCUACUUUUUUGGAACAUUGCCUGUCAUUCACACUCCUUAUGUGUCCUCCUGCAUUUUCCUAAGUCGGCAAGUACAAGUUGGCUAACAAUGCAACAAGUAGAGGUAUUCUAUUAGGCUCUUAUAGCCCUCCAGAAAAAAAUUCAGAAUCAUCCAACAAUACUCCCAUUCCACACCGUGACCUGAAUAUGAACUGUUAGACAUUUGUUUUUGUUUUAAGUGCUAACACGGACAAUUGGCCACACCAUUAUCACAGAGCGCUAACGAGCUUACGCAGCUACAGUCUUGAGGUACUGAGCUGGUGAAAGUGAAUUGUAGAUUAUAAAUCAUGCAUCUCACCUGGAUAGUUCGUGUUCAUAAACCGAGAAGUUGGUCAACUGUGACAUUCAAUUUAGAGCCGGAAAUGGCGGGAAAUACUAUUUUUUUUUUUUUACUCUUUGUGAGGAUUUUGAUUUAAUUGAUGUUAACAUCCCAUCACUCGGCAUCUAAGUGAGAGCAGACAUGGUACAGUAAAUGUUUUUUUUAAUUA